GAGAGAGAAGAAGAGUGCUGACGUAUCAGCUGAUUAUUUACAGUUCUCUCAAGUUUUUGUAAAUCGUCGGAAAGGCAUUGGGAGAAGAAAGAUUUAUAGAGAGUGUGUUUAUAUCUCUCGUGUGUUUAAGUACGACUUUUUGAAACUUUUAUCUUUUUAUGACUCACAUUUGUGUAUUUUUUUUAAACGAAAGAAUACAUGAAAUAUUACAUUUGUUAAUGUUUAUCAGUUAACGUUCUGCGUUACAGAAUUAAAGCACAAAAUGAAUAGUUCAACGGAUCCUCGACGACCCGACAAGGAGGUCCGCUACAAACCACCGGGUUCGAACAAUCCGGGACAGCAAGAGGAUCUACCACCGGACUACAUGAAUGUGAUGGGGAUGAUCUUCAGCAUGUGCGGCCUGAUGAUGAGAUUGAAGUGGUGCGCCUGGGUUGCGCUCUACUGUUCCUGCAUCAGCUUCGCCAAUUCGCGAGUCAGCGAAGACGCCAAACAGAUAAUCAGCUGUUUCAUGCUGUCGAUAUCGGCAGUGGUGAUGUCCUACGUGCAAAAUCCACAACCGAUGACGCCGCCGUGGGCAAGUGCAAUGCAAUGAAUUGUUGUAAAUACACAAAUGAUUUUAUUCACAAUCAUGUACAAUUGUUAAUAACUUGUAUACACGAAUGCAAGUACGUGCUUGAAGGUGAACGAAAGAAGAAAAUGUGAAACAAUUUAUUAAUAAUCAAAUUAUAGAAAUAAUUAUUGACUGAGGAGUGUCUCGUGAAUGUGAUUAAACUAGAGUCAGAUACUGUGUAUAAUAAUUUAUUAUCCUCUUUGAUAUACGCAAUAUUAUAAGUUUUAUAUUAUUUCAGUGGUUCUUAAAAUCAUUUUACACAAUCACCAAAAAAACAUACAAAUAAUGGAUUAAUAUGUACAAUAUAUAUAAACAUUA